AUGUCCGAAAUCCAAGUACCUCCUUCAGAGGGCUUAUCGUACAAUGUCUUCACCGCGGAGGAUGAGUACAAUGAGAAGCUGGCACAAGCAGAAAAUGCCGAGAUGGUAAGUUUAUUCGUUUUACGACGCUUCUUCAUUACAAUAUAAAUAAAAUUUUUUGGCAUUUUCAGAUGGAUAGAAUGCGAGCUGCUGCUUGUGUACGCGAACUAACUGGUAAUCUAACUCAGGAAUAUAACCCAUCUGAAAUCUUCUGCCAUGUUCCGGGUCGACUGACCCUCCUGACCACCGGAACGAGGUAUCAGGUAUCUCUGGGCGAAAUAGAACGGAGAAUCUACGGCCCGGAAUGUCUGAAUGCGUCUUUUUUGAGCGGUAUAUUGAGGAAGUAAGUGCUGAUUGGGUUGUUUUUAUUUAUUUGUCAGGGCAAAGAACAAGAACGUAGGAAAAGAACUUCGGGAUAAACUGUCCAGAAAAGGCCUGGAAUUGCAACCUGGUCGCCGCAAAUCAGCUUCUCCGACUUGUUUUACUGCACUGGUUGAGGCAGAAGCCCGGCAAAUGGCCAUUGACUUUGGGGAUCUGAUAAACACCUAUUAUCCGCAAGAUCAUGCCGCUGCCUACCUUCUUGACAGUGUACCAAGUCAAUAUUCACAGGAGUCCGUCAGAAAUGAGCUGAUUGCAGCGAGAAUGAUCAUCCGAAGACUUAUCGACUUCCACAUCAGGGAGGAUAUUGCAGCGCAGUAUACUGAGUCAAUGGACUUUCCUAUGAGCGAUUUCAGUAAUGUAAGAUUGUGUAUUAUUCAUUUUUGUUAUGUAAUUAGAAGUUCCUCUUGCGUUAUAACAAAAUUUCUUUUUCAGAUGACCCAUAAGUUUGGGAGCAAAGCGUUUAAUUACGUAAUGAUUGCUAUUGACCAAAUUCUAGACACGGCUAUGCGAACCAAUAUUAACCGAAUUCCAGAGGAAGAUAUGCAGGGUGGAAGUGAAUCUGCUCCUCAAAUGACGAUGUCCUGCGUUCCAGUCAAUGCCGAUGAGGUAAGAUAUAUAUAAUUUGUUGAACAACCUGCGGAGAGUGUCUGAAAAAGUAACCUUCUUUAUUUUAGGUAACUCAGAGUGGUGACCAAGGAAGUCCAGGUGCUCUUCCGAGUGUGAAUUCGCAGGGACGUCAGAAAGUGAAUGAUUUUUCUCCAAAGUUUGGUCCUCUCCCUCGAGAGCCUGUUAGCCCUCAAUGUCUACCCGCCUUCGGCCGUUCCCGAAUUUUUGGCGAUCCAGCAAUCCAGAGAAUGAUGGCAAAUCAAUUUCACAACAUUGACGAGCGAACUGGCGCCGUUUAUUAUUCAGGAUCUCAAAAUGCCUUUGCUAUUCCUCGAGAAGCUCAUAGCCAGACGAAUAAGAGUCCGCCGACUGUUCGGCGAUGUGAAAAUAUGAGAGCAGCGACUUCCAUGAAGAAGGUCAACUCCAAAAUGAACCAAAAUGCGGAACAGCAACUUCAGAGAAAGAGGGCAUUCUCCGAAAAUGUCCAUGAGAUUACUUUCAAGAAAUCUUUUUCGCUGAAAGCACCUGUUUCGCCUAAGUCUACCCAACUUGUUGUUCAUCAACAUCUACAUCGAGGACGAGAUGGCUUUCGGUAUAUUAGAGAGUAAGUAUUUUCUUUUGUUACAGUAUUACUUCUUUUGUUGUUUUAGGCCGUACAUUUUGCUGGAGGAUGGUGGUUUUCAAUCAGCUCCGUCCACCGUCAACUUUUCUCCUCAUUCAAGUUCAUCUACCAUCUGUUUGGGUGAAUCCCCUGAAAAAGAGAGGUCGGACUCAAGAGCAACAACUGAGAGAAACAGUUUUAGUGUGGUUUGGAGAGGAAUGGACCAUUUGCCUGUGGAGAAUGAAGCAAAUCUUCCCGAGAGUUCGAAGGAAGUGCAAAGUUACGCCGAUUUUGACUCGGAAAAAGACGGAGAUGUGGAGGAGGGUGAGCAAUCUACCGAAGUUCUGAACGAUACUUCUCCGCUGCAGCCGGUGGAGUAUCAAGAAAAAGAACAAACGUUGAAUUCUCUCAAGUCCGAUAAUCCGGAUGAGUCUCAACUUGUGGCCGAUGCUUUCUUUGACCCUCUCGGAUUCGAUGAAGAAGAUCGGAACAACGAGAAUCGAGAAAAGUCGUUGGAGUUUGAGCAGGAGUUGAUAGAGAAGGUAAUAUUUUAGUUUUUAUUCCGAGUAUGUUUUCUUUUCAGGGCGGGGAGUCCCCUUUCUUGGACCGCGGAGAAAUGGAACCGGGCAUGGCCAUAAUGGAAAACAACUCUAGUCAGGAAUUGCCAACGGCAGAUUCGGAAAUCUAUUUUAUGUGA